GAGUGCUGGAGCCUAUCCCAGCUGUCAUGGGGCAGGAUGCAGGGUACGCCCCCAGCCGACAGACAACCAUUCGUCGCACUCACAAUCCCACCUAAGGACAAUUUAGAGUCUCCGAUGAAUGCAUAUUUUUGGCAUGGGGAAGGAAAGCGCUGGCCAUUUGAGCGCUCGUGUCGUCGCUUGAGUUGUGGCCGCUUUGUGAAGGGGAAACAAAAGCAAAAGAUUGCGCAAAGUCCAUUCGCGGCAUCGGCGGCGAAUCGAGGAAGCCGCCUCGCAAAAGGCGGCGUGAGCGCGUUUGACAUGACAGCGGCCGACGCCGCCGUGCGGACCAAAUUUGGAGUAAUCGCUCGCACAUCGUCGGCUUUUUAUGGUUAAUGUCUUAAGGGUUGAAAAUGGAAAAAGCGGCUGCGUUUCCUGCUUUGGCGAGGGCGUCCAUGGCUGCCAUCUUCUUUUCGACGCUGUGGAGCCUCCGACUGCUCAUCCCGGCCGGCUCGUCCGCGUCCGCCGUCGCCUCCCCCGCCUGCGGCGUCACCUGCUCCACCGACUACAAGGCUCACCUCAACUGCUCCUGCGCCUCCGCCCCGACGCGCCCGCUGCGCCUCCACGUCAACUGCAGCGACGGCGAGCUCCACGUGGUCGACAGCUGCCGGGUGACGCCUCCUCGGUCCUGGUGCGUCAUGCGCCCGCCGGCGCUUUACGACGUCGCCGCCGUCGGGACCGAAUGCACGGCGACGGUCAGCCGACGGGGCGACCCGGACGGCGAGUUGUCCAGCUGGGCGCUGUACGACGCGGUGAAACCUCCGCCGCCUUCGAACGUCCGAGUGCUGAGCGCCGACGGCUCGUACAACAUCACGUGGGACCACAGCAACGAGCGCCUCGACUGUCUGACUUACAGGCUCCGCAUCCGAGCCGGCCCGACUUUCUGGCAGGAUGCAGGGCGUUCCUUCUCGGUGGACGAGAGGUUCCUCGUCGUGCGGCGCGAGGAGCUGCCGCCCCGCGCCAAGUGUAGCGUGGCGGUCCAGGCCAAGUUGUGUCCCGGCAACCCGACUCAGGGCCCGUGGAGCGAGUGGAGUUUCGCAGUCAAGUGGACGACGGCGCCCACAAACUCGCCGUACGUCGGAGUGAAAGGAUCAUGGCUGUACGUCCUGCUGGCCGUCGUCGCCGCCGCCGCCGCCGCGCUGCUGCUGCUGGGUUGUUCCCGAAAACCGCUGCUGCUGAAAAGACUUCAGCUGAGCAUGCGCGUCUCCAAACCCCACGACUUCUUCGAGCCGCUCUACCUCAACCAUCGAGGCAACUUCAAGGACUGGGUCAAGCCCGGGUUCAGCGAGCACGACUUUUUGGAGAACACGUCACGCGUGGAGAUGACGCUGACCACCAACAGCGCCAAGCAGCAGCUUCAGGUCCACAAACGCAACGCCAGCUCCGAAGCGGACGAGGAGCCGCGAGGCGCGGGGCGCCUCGUCCUCCUCUGCGCCCCCUCGGCGGCGCAAGUGUCCAUUCGCAGCGUGACCCUGUGCGGAGAGGAGCGCCGGGACGGGUCCGCUCCCAACCACGGGGAGCUGCCGGACUUCGAGGUGGCCGAAGAGCGAGCGGAAGGCGCCUCGCUGGCCUCCGAGCGGCGGUCGGACGACGGCUACCCCCGCGUGGACUUGGACACGGUGGACAGCGGUUUCGGCGAGUGCGCCAGCCCCUCCCAUUCCGGCUCGGGGGACCGCGGCCGAGAUUUCCUACCCGAGCCGAUAAGCUCGCGCUCCAACUACGUCAAGCAGUGGAUGAUGCGCGGCGACGCUCGGGGGGAGGACUCGGAAAACGCGCUACAUUGAGCACUCGGGUCAUUUUCUUAAACUGAAUUAUACAUCAUACACACACACACACACACACAAUGUACCGAAUUUUGACUGACUCGACGUUAUUUUUUCAUGUUUUUCAUGUCACUUUUCUCACACUCAGUAUACGAGUAAUUAAUAGAUACCAGUAUUUAUUAUUCCCCCAUCAAUCCAAACAAUGCGUCUGAUUUCAUUCAUUUUUUUUUCUUCUUGGCCAAUGACAUUUAUUUUGCGAUAUUAUUUUGUCCAUUGAAUCUCUAGGAUUCCUCCUUAGAAUGUUUUUUUUCCCUUUAUAUCAAACUAUUUGUAUUUGUCUUUUUUUUCAUAAACUAUUUGAUUUUGUGGCUGAUGUUCAAUCGGAUCAUUGGGAUGCCGCAUUUGUUAUAUUAAAAUUUAUUUUAUCACUUCAAUCAAAACAUUUUGUAUUUUUUCUGAUUAUUCCCCCCUUGCAUG